CUUUCUACUUUUUUCUUUCCUUUAUAUACGUGUUUCUCCUUCUUCCAGCUCAUUCCAGAGCAGAGAGCUUUGGAUUUCUCUGAGCGUUUCCCUCCUUUUUUUCCCCCCCUGGCAGCUGGCCCGCUGCCAGUGUCUCGCAGGGCCAAAGUUUUUAUCUGCGGGGAUAUAUUUUUCGAACCAGCCCAGCUGCGCUCAGGCUGCAACCGAAUCCCCCGCUCCUGGGGCAAAGCUUAACUCGGGGAGAGGAAGAGCAGCAGGGGUGCCGUGUGUGCCUCUCCUCCAGCUAUUCCUGUCAAGAUGGAUUUAUGACUCUAAAAGGAGUGGGGGGGGGCAGGGGGGGAAGGAAGGGAAAUUGCCUCCAGGAGCCAGAGCUUACACCACAGCCCAGCGAAACACACGGGGAGGAGCAGCCGGGAUCCCAAGGCAUGAGCAGCGUGGAAGUGGCACCCCGGGAUCUGGCGUACUAUGACUGAUCUUAAGCUUUUCAUCUGCCUUCACAGAGCCCAGCUGUUGGAUUUAAGGUAGUUUGCCCAGGACCAGGCUUUGCUAUGUUGGCCAAGGCAGUGCUUUCUCUCGGUCUGUGGCUGCGGUUUGCUGCGGGACAGGACACACCUGAGCGAGGUCCCCGGCCGCCUAUUUCCAACACGGAGGGGGACCUCCUCUUCCUGCUGGACAGCUCUGCCAGCGUCUCCCACUAUGAGUUCUCCAGGGUCAAGGAAUUCAUGUGGGACCUUUUGCAACCUUUCACCUUCGGCCCCAGAGAUGUCCAGACCAGCAUCAUCCACAUCAGCACCACGCCCACCAUGGAGUUCCCGUUUGACCGGCACCCGUCCGGCGGGAGCCUGCGGCAGGCGAUCCGGGACACGCGGCAGCUCAUGGGAGACACCAACACGGGCAAAGCUCUGUCCUUCGCCAAGGAAAAGCUCUUCAGUGGCGAGGCUGGAGCCCGGCCAGACGUGCCCAAGGUGCUGGUUUGGGUGACGGAUGGUUUCUCCACUGAUGACAUCUCGGAGCCCAUGCAGCUGCUGAAGGACAUGGGGGUGACGGUGUUCAUCGUCAGCACGGGCCGGGGCAACUACCUGGAGCUCUCUGCUGCUGCCAGCCAGCCCCCAGACAAACACCUGCACUUUGUGGACGUGGAUGACCUGCCCAUCAUCACCAAGGAGCUGCAGGAUGGGAUCCGAGAUGUUCUCCAAGCCAAUCGGCUCCACGCAGUCGAUGUCACCUCAAGCAGCUUCCGUCUGAUGUGGCCCAAGCUCCUCUCCCAAGAAACUGGCUACUACACCCUGGAAUAUGCCCCAAAAGAUGAUCUAGCAAGGAAGAGGACAAAGCAGGUGUCUGGGGCUCACACCAGCCUCGUGCUGAGCAACCUCGCACCAGAAACCACUUAUGAGGUGGCCCUCAUUCCUGAGUCCAACGUCCACUACUUCCCUCCCCAGACAACCAGGGUUACCACACUGGCAGAGGAAAUAAGCCCAGCUCAGGUUCUCAUCUCAGAGUCUGGGCCACGCAGCUUCCACGUGAGCUGGGCUCCCACGCUGGACAGUGUGAUGGGCUACCAGGUCCUGUAUGGACCCCUCCCAGGGAACUCAGUGAAGGUGCUGGAGGUGGAUGGGAGGCACAACAGCACCGUGGUGGAGAAUCUGGCACCCAACACCACCUACCUGGUGACAGUGACUGCAAUCUACAGGUCGGGGAAGGAGAAGUCCCUGUCAGCCAAGGCGUGCACCCAGGAAGAGGGCUCCAAAGUGAGGCACCUUCGCUUCGAGGACAUGGGCCCCAACACCCUGAAAGCCUCGUGGGACUCUGCUGACGGGCAGGUCCUGGGUUACAAGGUGCGGUGCCGGCGGCAGACGGGCCCGUCCUCGGUGCUCAGCGUGUCCCCGCGGGUGCACAGCGUGCUGCUCACGGACCUGGCCUCGGGCACCACCAACAAGGUCUGUGUGAAGCCCGUGUACAGGAACCAGCCCGGCAGAAGGCUCUGCCGCGUGGUGCACAUGCAGCCAGUUACAGAGGCCCAGGGGUACAGGCACAGACAGAGAGCGUGAUGGACUGGAGUGAACUGAUUCCCAGCAGAACAAGGGAUCCUGCUUGGACAAAGACUUGGACGAAAAGGAGGGGUCAGGGGAAGCUCAGAGAUCAUCUCCCAGCCUGCACUGUCCCCUGAGGUGUCCUGGUGGUUGAGCCCAAAGGUGUCCUCAGCCAAGUUCUCUGAAAGCUUAAAGGUUUGGCUUGGCUGGGUGGAACAACCAAUCUGAGUAAUAGAUCCCAAAUCCGUACCCUCUUUUAUAUAAAUAUGCCCAACAAAUAACAAACAGAAGGCAAAGUGGUGAACCCUCACUCUUGCUUGCUUGCUGCCUGUUCUCUAUUUAUUAAAUGUCAAUACAGUUUUA